AUGGCCGGUGCAUCUUCGGAAAGAACGAUAUACACCCACGACAAGAGGGCCAAGGACAAGGUCCGAAAAUCCGGCAGCAGCGCUAAAGGGAAAGCGGUUCAGUUGGGCGAAGUGGCCCGUGUGUUUUCGACUGUUGUCUACUUCAACCCAACACAUGGAUGUCUAGACGGGGCCAUACACGUCCCCGAAGGCCAAAGCAUUCCGGACGUGAACGGAUUUUUGGCCGAACUUCUGAACGGCUUGCACAGCACGAGUCGGAGACGCGACCCACAGCGGGCCCAGGUGCGACAUCAGCCCGCACAGGCCACCCAAGGAGGCGGCGGCGUCGAGAUCGAUGCCGCAGACGUCUCCCACUACAUCGCUGCCGACAGGAACAGCGCUGCUUCGGCCGGCUAUCCGAAAGCCGGUCAUGGCGGCACUCUCACAGCAACAAGAGACAGCGACAAUGAGACGCAGCGUAACAGGGGUAUGGGAAACGAUUGGGCCGUCCGGGGUGCGAGCCAGGCUUUUGAAAACCACGAAAUGGCCGAUGGCGCCGUCGCUGAUGGUGUGGGUGGACAUGAUACGUCAAUUCGCAUGUUUGACGUCGGUAGACAGGACGUCUUCGAGAUGGAGGAGGCUGGAAACAAAAUGCAGACCGGACGAUCCAAGGACGUCUCUCAUUGGCAAGUGGUGAUGGCAAAAACUGCGAAAGCCCCGACUGCACAAGUGGCGCGUGCUGGCUCCGCCGGAAACCAAGCGCGGAUAGUGCAACGGUUUUUGAGACAAGUGUCUCUGCGCAUGCGGCUCGCAACCAGACAGGAACGGCUUCCGCUAUACCGGACCGCUCACCAAGCCAGAUGGAGAAGUACACCGUAG